GGUGUUUGCGUUUUUCGUUGUUGGUGAUAUUUUUCGGUGAAUAUUGUCCUCACGUUGGAAAAUAUCCAAGGAAAAAAAAAAAAACUAACUGAAUUUCGAGUGUCUCAGACUCGAAAUCCGGCGUAAAAGGGACAUGGAGAACCCGGAGGAGGUGCUGCAAGCACUAGAUGAAUUUCAAAAGCUACGACCUGCUGACAUUCCAAAGGAACUUGAAGAGUAUCUGUCUUGGGUAGCGAAAACAGGAGACCCUGUCUAUCAGUGGCCUCUGAUAAAAGCUCUCUUCCGAGAAAAGCUCCUACGAGUAAUGACUGAGUUCUAUGAGAGUUGCCCGACCUUAGAACUGGCACCCUGUCCAAACGUUGAGCAGUUCAACUACGAUAUGAUGAAAAGUGCUCUCCUCGAUCGACUUGAAUCAUUCUCCAAUGCUCCCUUUACAGUGCAAAGAAUUUGUGAGCUCCUAACUGCCCCACGCAAAGAGUACAACAGGGUAGAUAAAUUCAUGCGAGCUAUUGAAAAGAACAUAUUAGUUGUAUCGACAAGAGAACCAGGGCCAGCGGCCAGACGAAGCGAGAAUGGCGAUGGUAUGGUAAAUGGGUCUACGGAGGACAACGGAAGUAGGUCACCUUACGAUAUGGACCUGUGGGCACGGGCUUGUACCUUGGCGACCACAGUCACCGUUCAAACAGUAGAAACGCAUUCGACGAUAGUCAAUAUACAUCACCUUCCAACAAACAUUAUACCCGCGACUGAAUUAACUAUUGUAAAAAGUAGCCCAGUUUCUGUCGAAGCCUUCACACCGUACGGAGCCGAUUCUGAGCUAUGCGAUUCUGAGAUAACUGCAAAAGGCCAGGAUCUACCUUCAACUUUCACCCCAUCGACAUCCGAAAUUGCUAACAUUGCAAAUUUGACAUCACAGAUUCAACCGCAAGACCUCAAUUCCACAUCGGGGAUCCAAAAUUUAUCCAAUAUGGUCCCCGAACCUUCUAAUAUAGUUGGAGAUGUACCGGAAGCAAUUAUGAACGAAGAUACCAACUCUCAGCCUAGCCUCGAUAUGGAGAAUAAUGAAAACGAGGCGUUUGAGUCAACUAAAACACUGCAGACUACAUUCCAGUCCAGCGACUUCAUCUCUCACGGCAUCAAACCGCAGAAAUUUUAUUCUGAAGAAGCUAAAUCAGUUGAAAAAACUAUCGUCCAAGCUGAAUCCAUAAGAAAUGAUCUAGAACCAUUGAUAGAGCUAACUCAAAAACCUGCGGAAGAUAAUACAGAUGUUGCUAAAGUCACUCCAGAAAUUGUAUCUUCUGGAGAAAACGGGGAGCCAGCUAUACCAGCAACAGUAAUCACUGCCGAUUCAAUUGAAAUGACUGAAAAUAUCGAUGAAGCAACUAAUGCUGAAACAAUCGAUAAAACCACAGAGAAAAUCAAAGAAAGUAAUGAUAUGAUUCAAAGGAAUAUCAGUGGCGAUGAUCAGAUGCGAGUAAAAGAAUGUGUUACAUCAGAUAAUGAUAACAAUGUGCAGCUUAAAAGCGAAACUGAAAGUGCUUUACUAGAUAUAAAUAUUGAAAAAGACAGCGUUAGUUGUGCCAAAAUAAGUCUGAGCGAGAAAGAAGCUGAAGUUACGUUACCACCAGUAACACCAGAACCUAUAAUCCCCUGUACGGUUGAAACUAGAGAAAAUGUUACACAGAAUAUCACAAUAUCCAAAGAAACGGAAAUUACAACGGAUUCUAAGGAAUUAAAUGUAUUGGCCAAGGAAACUGAACAAAUUAUGGAAGAAACCCUACCUACUACAGAAGGCAGUAAACGAACCGAUGAAUUUGAGGAGAGUACAGAAUGCCUAGCAGAAAAGGAAAAAAUAUCUGACUGUGUACUACAGCUGCAAACAUUGACCACAAUUAAAGAAACUAGCGACGAGAAUGAUACAAAAAUCACAAAAUCUAUUGUUCCUGAUCCAUUGCCAAUAGUAGAAGAGCCCAAAGAGGAAGUAUCUGUUCCUGACUUAGAAACUAAACAACUGAUAGUCGACGUUACUAAUGAAGAACACAACACUGCAGUGAAUACAGCUUCGUCACCAGGUGAAAAGGAGAAAGAAUUGAUCGAUACUUUCAAAACAGAAGAUGCUUUAAAGGCGAAUCCAGACGCUACAGAUGCUCAAUCAGGUCAAGCAUUCUUAAUAGAGAAGCCCUCAUCAGUCGUCACUAAUUCAGCUUUAGUUCGAGGUGUUGCACCAGUUGAGUCGAUGGAAGUCGACAUUGCCGAAGGCAACCAGACUGUUCAGCAAGAUGAGCCAAUGGAGCAAGAAGUCAGUGAUUUGGAUAAAAGUUAAUGAAAAGUAGAGUAAAACAUUUGUAUUAUUCUAUAGGAUUACUCUGAUUUUGUUGAGAAAAAAUAUCACAAUUUAAUUUACUAGAAAGCAGGACGUUUUUUUUUAAUUAGUAAUUUUUUAUAAAACUAAAUAUUGCCUCGUCACGAAAAACUCAUAAACACACAAAUGAUUGAACAAUAUGAAUCAAAAUCUUUCACUAUUUAAGAAAUGUUCACGUGGAAAUAUCAUUUUGAUUCUAAACAACUGGGAGAAGGGAGCCUUUGAAACACAUUGUAUUUGAUCAAACUUAAUACAUUUGGGAAACUCCUGGGGGAAUAAUGCAUUCCUUUGCUCCUUCUUCUGACUCGUUUACAUACUGAAAAAUGCUUAUUCCUUGGAAUUUACUCAGAAUGACCUUUAAGAUCUCAGCUUUUUACAGAAAAUGUGGUAAGAAGCUUUUUUUCGAAAAUUAAAAAUCUUUUGGGUAGCAGGAAAAACCUUGAAAUAUAAAUACUUACUUCAAAGGUUCUAAGGUGUUCGUCAAUUUUAUAAUCUUUGAUAUCAAAGCUAAGGUUUGUAUAUCAUGUAUUCUAAUGCUAGUGAGCAAUAUCGUAAGAAUGAUAUUGUGAACUGCAUUGAUAAUUAAUCAGUGAAAAAAAUGAGUCCAAUUUUUGAAAGCAUAAGGUCGUUUAGCAUAUUUAUAAGCUAGUAUUUAAAGUAACUUUUUAACUGUAGACGCAAGGCUAUCAAAAUGGAUUGUCUGAGAGUAAAUCAUUUCUUAACUUAUGUAAUCGUAACAAAUGGUUAUGUCACAUGAAUAACUUAAUAUAGCGUGUACAUUAUUUUAUAAAAUACAUAAAGAUUAUUGU